AUGGCCGAGGCCUACCAGAAGGUCCGCAACCUGAUAGCUGCGGAGAUAGACAAGCUGGAGAGGAAAAUCUACGACGCGGAGACGCAGUACCUGUCCGCGGACCACAGCCAAUGUGGAACCAUCUUCAAGGGGUUCGAGGGCUUCACGUCGUCGAAGGACGCCAUCCGGAAGCGGCAGCGCGCGCUGCGCAUCGAGGACCGCGCGUUCUCGUUGUCGAGCAUCUCGUCCCCCGCGAACAACGAGCUCAAGUCGGCGCAGAGCGAGGGCCUCGCCGCGGCCGAGGUGCCCGGGAUGGGCGGCGGGAAGAAGGGGCGCCGGUAG